AUGAAAAUUAAUAAAAAUUUAUCAAAUUAUAUUCAAUCUUAUUUAAUUGAAUAUUUAAUUGAAUUUUUAUUAGUAAAUAAAAAAUUAAAAAAAAUAAAUAAAAAAACAUUAUUAAAAAAUCGAAAUGAAAUAUUAGGUUAUUCAUUAGUAUGUAAAUAUUGGUUAAAUUCAAUUAAAAAAACAAUAAAAAAUUCAUAUAAUUUAUUUGAUUUUGGAAAUUAUAAUUCAUCAAUUAAAGAAUGGUGGUUAUUAAAUAUUUUAAAAAAUGAAAAUCAAUUAGAUUGGUCACUUUUGGAAGAUUUAAAAAAUCAAUAUUACUAUAAUUCUAUAGAAAAUGAUAAAAAUGAAAACCAAAAAAAUUAUAUUGAUGAAUAUAUAAAUAAAUUUAGUCAACAACAAAUGGUGAGGAUUUGGGGUAGAGAGGAAGGUUUACAACCAUUUUCACCAGAAUAUUUAAAUGAAACAACAAAUGUUAUUUAUAAUAUUGAUAUUGAAUUUACAAAUUCAGUUGAUUCACCAAUUAUUCCAUAUUCAUUAUUACCAAUUUCAAGUACAAUUCCAAAAAGAAAGAUUAAAACCAAUCAAUUAAAAGUGAUUGGUUAUUCAAAUGUAAUGUUUCAAAUGAUAAGAGAUUGUUUUCCAAAGAGAUUAAUAAUUGAAAAACAACAAACUCAUAAUAUGGGAAAUGUUUGGUUACAUCAUAAUUUUCAUGAAAGAAUUUUUAAAAAACAACCUCAAUUAACCUCUAUAAUAAUUGAUAUGAAUGAUUAUAUUGACCCAUUUCAAUUAUCAAAUAUUCAUAAACUUUCAAAAUUACAUACACUUUCAUUUCAUUUAUCAUGUCAUACAUUAAUAAAACAAUGUUAUUUCUAUUAUGAAAAAAAUUUAAAUAUAAAAUAUUCAAAUAAACAAUUUGAACUUUAUAAUGAUGACUAUGAUGAUGGUAAUCAAAAACAACAACAAAUUAGAUAUGAUUUACCAUGCAAAUGUAAUGAUGAAUUUGAUUAUAGUUUAAAUUUAUUUGAUGUUAUAUCAGAUUUAAAAGCAAUGGUAAUUGGAAUUUGUAAAUCAAAAUCAUUAAGAAAUUUAAUAAUUAAAAAUAGAUGUCAUGGUAGAUGUAUUUGGGAAAAUGAUGUAAUUGGUCAAUUAAAGAAAUUUCAACCAGAAAUAAAUGAAAAUUAUAUUUUAACUCAUUGUUUCAAAGAUUUAUUUAUAAAUUUAAAAAGUGUUGAAUUUUUAAAAUUAAAAGAUUUCGAUUUUCUAAAUGAAUUUUCACUUUCUGGUUUAAUUGAAAAUGAAGGAAUAAAUAAGAUUUAUUUUAAAAAUUCUUUGAUUUCAAUUGACCAAAUUCAAUACCUUUUUGAAAAUGUAUUUUCAGGUCAAAAUAAAGGAAUUAAACAUUUAACUAUAAAUUAUGAUUUAGUUAGUGAUUUAAAUAAGGGUAAUAAAAUUCAUUCACAAUUAAAUCAAUUAAUAAUCAACUUUUUAAAGAAUGAUAAUUCAUCAAAUUCAACCAAUCUUUAUAGUAUUCAAUAUCCAAUAGAUAUAAAUCAAAUUGAUAAUUUAUUAGAAACUUUAAAUAAUUAUCAAACUAAAAUCGUUGAAUUCAAUUUAUUAUAUUUAAAUCCAUCAAAAAUUUAUUCAAAAAAUAUUAAAUCUGAUAAUUUUAAUUUAUUAAAAUUAAAAAUUAAUUCAAAUUUAAAUAUUAAUUCUAAAAGAAUUAAUUUAGUUAAUAAAUAUUAUUAA